AUGUCCAAGUUCCUUCUCUACAUCCUUGCCUUGAUCUUCCCACCUAUCGCCGUCUACUCCCUCGAGGGCGCCAACAAGACCUUCUGGGUCAACUUGUUCUUGUGCAUCUGUAUCUGGUUCCCAGGUAUCUUACACGCCUUGUACAUUGUCAACAAGAGCGAGGAAAACUAA